AUGGACACCAAAUCAGUAGUGGAGUUCCUUGGAAACGUUCCAUUACUUCAGAAGCUGCCCAGCUCUUCUCUUAAGAAAAUCGCCCAAGUUGUUGUCUUGAAGCGCUACGGGAAAGGGGAGUAUGUGGUUCGUGAAGACCAAACUUGGGAUGGUUGCUUUUUCAUUUUCUCUGGAGAGGCUCAGGUUUCUGGACCAGACGACGAAGAAAACCGUUCCGAAUUUCUCUUGAAACAAUAUGAUUACUUCGGCCAUGGUAUUUCUGCGCAUGUUCAUUCAGCUGACAUUAUUGCUACCUCCGAGCUCACAUGUUUGGUGUUGCCGCGUGAUCAUUGCUCUUUGCUUCAGACCAACUCAAUCUGGCAGUCGGAUCAAGAUGUUGACAAAUGCUCUUUAGUCGAACGCAUUUUACAACUUGACCCUUUAGAACUGAAUAUCUUCAGGGGUAUCACUCUACCUGAUGCUCCCAAAUUUGGAAAGGUUUUCGGUGGUCAAUUUAUGGGACAGGCACUUGCUGCGGCAUCAAAAACUGUUGAUUUUCAGAAGAUUGUCCACAGUUUACAUUCUUAUUUUCUUCUCGUUGGAGAUAUCGAUAUCCCCAUUAUUUAUCAAGUUCACCGUAUACGUGAUGGGAACAACUUUGCCACUCGAAGAGUAGAUGCAAUACAGAAAGGGAAUAUCAUUUUCAUAUUGAUGGCUUCAUUUCAGAAAGAGCAACAGGGAUUUGAUCACCAGGAGUCAACCAUACCCUCUGCACCGGAUCCUGAUACGCUUCUGUCACUAGAGGAGUUGCGUGAACGUCGUAUAACUGACCCUCAUCUACCUAGGAGCUACCGGAACAAGGUUGCAACUGCAAAUUUUAUUCCAUGGCCUAUAGAUAUUCGGUUUUGUGAGCCCAGUAAUUCUACAAACCAGACAAAGUCUCCGCCAAGAUUAAUGUACUGGUUUAGAGCAAAGGGAAAGCUUUCUGAUGACCAAGCUUUGCACCGAUGUGUUGUGGCAUUUGCUUCGGAUUUGAUAUUUGCAAGUAUCAGUUUGAACCCUCACCGUAGAAAGGGUCUGAGAUCUGCUGCACUUAGCCUGGACCAUACGAUGUGGUUUCACCGACCUCUAAGAGCUGAUGACUGGUUGCUCUUUGUGAUUGUUAGUCCAAUUGCGCACAUGACUAGGGGUUUUGUCACUGGUGAAAUGUUCAACAGAAAAGGAGAGCUGGUUGUAUCGUUAACACAAGAGGCCUUGUUAAGAGAGGCAAGACCUCCUAAACCCUCCGUGACGUCUAAGCUCUGA